AUGCGAAACGCGAUCGCCUCUAAAUCGACACAGGUUGUUCCGCGACACCGGACAACGUUCCUGGAUCUGAACGACGAUGUCCUUGCGAUGAUCGUCUCUGAUUUCACUACCAAGGACUGCCUUCAGCUCUCUCUCGUCGCGCGGCGGGUCCAUCUACUCGCGAAGCGUCAAGCGCUGUCUUCAGUGACGAUGGGGUCGGUGCAGGCCGUCAAGCGCGUCUGCAGGUACAUGCUCGAGGAUGUGGUCGGCCGCUUGCAGUGGAUCCGGCGGUUGUCGGUGUCUGCCUUGAUUCCAGACCAGGGCAGUGGCCGCUCCUCGGAUUUUUUGCGGAGAGUCUGGCCGAGGAAGGAACCGAUAGCCAUGGGUCUCCUUGUUUCACUCUUGAAGCAAGCAAAUGGGCUUCAAUAUCUACAUGUUGGGUAUGUCGACAACAAUCUAGAGUUCGACCACGCACUCCUCGAUGCUAUGUGUGCGCUCCCUAACCUGGUUGAGCUUGAGCUGCUAGGUGGGGGUGGGUCCGAGACCCUGAAGCUGCUUGAUGGAAUAGGAAGCCGGCCGCGCAGCCUCAUGCUAGAGGUACAAUCAAACAACGCGGACAGGGAUGCAAUAAUCUCCCAGAUCGGGAGGUUCCAGGAACUUCGUACGCUCACGAAUACGGUGCCCUUCAUACGCAACCUGCGAUACACAUGGCCUAAUGUUACCGACCUCACCCUGACCCAUUGCGAAAUCCAUCUUCCUGCGGUCCUCCGUGCCUUCCCCAAUCUGCGUGCCCUAACAUUCGCAGAGUGGGGCAACCUGCGCUUCGCGGUUCCCGACAGGCCAGAAUACUCAGUUCAGCCGCGAGGGCCGGCUAGCCUUGAAUACGUCGAGGGUAGCGGACACCUAUUCGAGAACUGGCCCACUGGGCGCCCUGUGUAUCAUAUUCUCAUCCAAUCCAUGCUCGCAAUCCCUAGUCGGUGGGCAAUGGACGGGCCCACACGCUGUGGUGAUCCCGAGAUUCCCAUCCUGUUGCAAAUGGUGCGCCAUGCUGAGCCGGUCAUACUCACCUUCCGCAUCAUGGCGUUCGAAUCUCUGAGGGAAACCUUUUGGAAGAGCCUAGCAGCCGGUGCGACCAGAUUGCGGUGUCUUGAGAUCGAGUUGUUUCUGUUCAGCGAAACGCAGGGCCUCAUGUCGGUGUUUCUGCAGUGGAUGACCAAAGUACCAUCAAGUCUUUCGCCUAUCACGUCGUUGUUGUACCUCGAAGUUGCCCUCGAUUGCAGCACAUGGCGUUGUUUCAGCUGCGGAGAAACCCCGGAGCCUAUUCUGGAUCAAAGCCAGGAGUGCGCAGAGCGAUUCGCAUCGCUUGUCGUUGCGCAAAUUCCCUCUAUUCGCUACGUCUCUCUUGGGUUCGGUCACAUGGCAUCACAUAUACAUCCCGUACAUACCCAGCCAUUCACUGGCAAAUUGUGGAUGUGGAAGGUGGAGAAUACUGGAGGAAGGCGCUCGCUCUACCUUGUCUCCCCAAAUGCCGCUCAACGGCUGAAGGCGCUGCUGAAAUCCCCUCUCCCUUUGUACCCCUCAGCAAGAGAGUAA